UGUUUAUGAGUUAAAACUGCCGCGUUUUAUUUGAUCACUUGAAUCUCAAUUUUUUUCCACUUUUAAAUUAAAUUCCAUUUUGGCGGUUAUUAUUUGUUAAAUGGAAUUGGACACUGUUGACAAUAUCAAGAUCCCUAAAAAUGAAAUUGCCGAAACUUCGAAUAUUAUCGGCGAUGAUAAAGAAGACGAAUUACAAUGUGAUCAACAAGAUGAAUCAAAACAAAAUGAAGAAAAUUCUUUUACAAUAAAAGAUAUCAUCGAGAAUAAGGAAAUGAACGAAACACCAGAAACGAAAAAACCAUGCCAAGAAGCUACUACUACUACUACCAAUGAAGAAAUCGAGCCUAGAAAUGUAACUAAAAAAUUAAAACUUGAAACUGACGACGACAACGACAACGACGACGACAAAAACAAAGAGAAAUCGAAUGAUUUUGCAAGUCUAUUAAUUGAACCUAUUCUUUCGAUUAAAUUACCUGACGUCAUUCAUACACCGAAACCGUCGGCAUCAACCAAUGAUAAUAAUCAUCAUGAUGAUAAAGAUGAUCAUACGGGUGAUUAUGGUGAUGCCGAUGAUAAUGAUGAUGUGGAUGAAAAUUCCUCUAUGGAUGAAGAUCCAGAUGAAAUGUUGAAGAAUUUAACAUCCGAUCAUUGUGAUGAUGAAUCAAUGGAUGAUGAUAAUAAUCGAUCGUUAUUGUUAUGCGAUAAAGAUUCAUUAGAAUAUAGAACCGGGUUAACAUUAUUACCUAAAAAUGGUGGUACAAUAAUGACCGAUAUUGAUCCGACGACAUUAUCAAAACAGGAACAGAAACAAUUGAAAGAAAAACUGCAAGAAGAAGAACGAGAAAGAAUGCAAGUAUUAGUUUCCAACUUUUCCGAGGAACAACUUAAUCGCUAUGAAAUGUAUCGUCGUGCUGCCUUUCCUAAAGCAGCCAUCAAACGUCUUGUCCAACAAAUUACUGGCUGUUCAGUUUCACAAAAUGUUGUCAUCGCUAUAUCUGGUAUAGCUAAAGUUUUUGUCGGUGAAAUUGUUGAAGAAGCAUUGGAUUGUAUGGAGCGAAAUGAUGAAACCGGACCAUUACAUCCUAAACAUAUUCGGGAAUCUGUACGACGAUUACGAUGUAAAGGCAUAAUACCCAGGUCAAAACAACCGAAUCCAAAUACAUGGAUGUGAAAAAUCAUUGCACACA